UAAGAAUACAGAGCCACCACAAGCUCCACUGGAUAAAAGGUUUUUCCUCCCAGGACAUCCUGUGAAAUACUGAAUUGUGCAACACAACAGGAACAGCAGCAGCAGCAGCCAUGAAGUUUCAAGUUCUUUUCUUCCUCAUGCUCCUCACCUGCAUGUACCUGAGCCUGGCACAAGGAUCUUAUGGCAACUGCUGCCUCGGCUAUGUUCAGAAGAUGAAAGCAAGUGCAAAGAGAAAAAUUGAAAGUUACAGGAUGCAGGAUACAGAUGGUGACUGCAACAUCAGAGCGGUUGUGUUUACAAUGAAGAAGAGGUCUUCACACAAAAAACAGCGGACUGUCUGCGCCAAUCCACAAGAAAGUUGGGUCCAGGAGCUGAUUAGGACUGUGGAUAUGAAAGACCACUAAACAGAGGGGAAGAAGAGAAGAAUGGGAGCGAGGAGAGCAGCAGUUUCACCUCCCUGCCAGGCAUCACAUAUCCCCAGAUGGAUUAUGUUUCAGUAGAUUAAAUAUUUCCUGUUGCUGACAGCGAAUGUAACUCAUGUAAGCAGUUCACUAGAACACAAACAUACCACAUGCUCAAGGUUAUAGCCAGUAUAGCAAAAUUCAUUUAUAUAUGACCCAACACUAUGAUACUGCUCACUGCUUUGUGGUAAGUAGAGCCUGCUAGGAAUGAGCCACUACUUGGCAGCUUUGAAAUGUAUUUGCAGAGUGUGUAUGUGCACCUGUAAGUAAUGUGUAAUCUGUAAAUGUGUGUGCGAUAUACAUCUAAAAACCACUCCGGGGUUAAGCUGAGAGGUUUUUCUUAACAGAACAGAUUUCCAUAUUUGUGUAUCACCACUCUAUUUGUACUGUGUGUCUCCCUAUAUCAAAUAAAGAA